GAUGGAUCACGAGGGCUGCCGGGACCGGAUAAAUUGACCUCCAGAUUCCCCAUCGUUUUGCUCUCCAAUUUUACUCCAAAGUCGGCUCCAGGUUCCGCCUCUCUCCAUGGCUGUUUCACUGCAAUACUGCCGUGUGAAUGUGGGAGCUCAGGUUUCCAUGCUGGAUAACAGAGUUUUCCGGCAGCGAAGGUCGUUUUCCGUCCGGUGUUCCGCCGCCGGGGAAACUGAGUCGUCUGCCACGUUGGCGUCGGAGUUUGAUCCUAAGGUUUUCCGUCAUAACCUAACGAGGAGCAAAAAUUACAACCGCAAGGGUUUUGGGCACAAGGAGGAGACGCUCGAGCAGAUGAAUCAGGAGUAUACGAGUGAUAUCAUUAAGACACUGAAGGAGAAUGGGUAUGUGUACAAAUGGGGGGAUGUUACAGUGAAGCUUGCUGAAUCUUAUGGGUUUUGCUGGGGAGUUGAGAGGGCUGUCCAGAUUGCUUAUGAAGCUAGAAAACAGUUCCCCACGGAGAAGAUCUGGCUCACUAAUGAAAUCAUUCACAAUCCCACUGUCAAUCAGAGGCUCGAAGAGAUGGAUGUGCAAAAUAUCCCAACUGAUCAUGGUAAGAAAAACUUCAGUGUUGUUGACAAGGGAGAUGUUGUGAUCCUGCCUGCAUUUGGAGCUUCUGUUGACGAAAUGUUGCUUUUGAGCGAAAAGAAUGUUCAAAUAGUAGAUACAACCUGUCCUUGGGUUUCCAAGGUUUGGAAUACGGUGGAGAAGCACAAGAAGGGAGAGUACACUUCUAUAAUUCAUGGUAAAUAUUCUCACGAAGAGACUGUGGCUACUGCUUCUUUUGCGGGAAAGUAUAUUAUUGUCAAGAACAUGAAAGAGGCAACCUAUGUAUGCGAUUACAUUUUGGGUGGUGCGCUCGAUGGCUCCAGCUCAACUAAGGAGGCAUUUAUGGAGAAAUUUAAAUUUGCAGUGUCUGACGGUUUUGAUCCUGACCAAGAUCUUGUAAAGGUUGGCAUUGCCAAUCAAACCACCAUGUUAAAGGGUGAAACCGAGGAUAUCGGAAAGUUAGCGGAGAAAACCAUGAUGAAGAAGUACGGAGUCGAAAAUGUCAACACCCAUUUCAUAAGUUUCAACACUAUUUGUGACGCAACUCAAGAACGACAAGACGCAAUGUACAAACUAGUCGAAGAACAGGUUGAUCUGAUCCUAGUCGUUGGCGGGUGGAACUCAAGCAACACUUCCCACCUGCAGGAAAUUGCCGAGGAUCGUGGGAUUCCAUCAUAUUGGAUCGACUGCGAGAAAAGAAUAGGCCCCGGAAACAAAAUCAGUUACAAGUUGAUGCACGGCGAAUUGGCGGAGAAAGAGAAUUGGCUACCCAAGGGUCCGGUCACAGUUGGCGUAACGUCUGGCGCGUCCACUCCCGACAAGGUCGUUGAAGACACGCUGAUGAAGUUGUUUGACAUAAAACGCGAGGAGGCAUUGCAGUUGGCGUAGAUUGAUCGAUAUAUAGUCGGGUAUGUGUUCAAGCUUUAAUUAUAUCGCAUGUUGUGGUUGUAUCGAUGAAAUCUAUAUCUAUAUCUUUAUGUAUAUCUCUAUGUUGGAGGAGACCUAAUGAAUCAAGUUAAUAAUCCGCCCCUUUCCUGACUCA